GUCCUCCUGUUCGUACCCAGCAGUCGCCUUUUUCUUCCACAUCCGUCAAUAUGUCUAUGACUCCUGUCUCUGCUAAGGAAGCUUGCCCUCCCGCGGGCCCCUACUCCCAAGCCAUCAAGGCCAACGGCCAGAUCUUCGUCUCGGGCCAGAUCCCCGCCGACGCCAACGCCAACCUCAUCGACGGCUCCAUUGGCGACAAGACCCAGGCUUGUUGCGAUAACAUCAAGGCUAUCCUUGACGCUGCUGGUUCGAGUGUGCAGAAGAUUGUUAAGGUUAAUGUCUUCUUGACUGAUAUGGUAAACUUUGUGGAGAUGAACGCUACGUAUGAGAAGUUCUUUACGCACAAGCCGGCUCGUAGCUGUGUGGCUGUUGCGCAGUUGCCCAAGGGUGUGCCCGUUGAGAUUGAGUGCAUUGCUUUGGAGUAA